AUGGAACAGCGACUGUUUUUACUGGCUUUGCUCAGCACUACUUAUGCUGCACAACAAGAUCUUUCAGAGAAGCUUUUCAGCUUUCCACUGGGCAAGGCAACUUCAUACGUUAAGCUCAUUCCGAGUGUUGACCAGCCCAUUACAGCUUUGACUGUAUGCAUGAGGUUUUACUCUUCACUGACCAGAGCCCAGACUCUGUUCUCCCUAGCAGUCCCAUCUGAGUACAACGCCUUUCUGCUCUACAAGGUCUCUGUAGGUGUGUACAGGCUGCACGUCAAUGGGGCGGCUCUCGAUAUCAACGGGCUGCCCGAUGAGACAGACGAAUGGAACUCCAUUUGCUGGUCGUGGGAUUCCUCCAAUGGCUUGACAGUGCUGUGGGUCAACGGAAAGCGGAGCACUCGAAAUAUUCUCCAGCCCAAAGCCACUCUUACUGGUACUCCCAGUAUAAUUCUGGGUCAAGAUCAAGACAGUUAUGGUGGAGGCUUUGACCAGAAUCAGUCCUUCGUAGGGGACAUCACGGAUGUCCACCUCUGGAACAGUGUCAUUGCUCCUUGUGAAAUCAGGUCAUACAUGGAGGGCAAUGCUUUCUCUCCCGGAAAUGUUCUCAGCUGGAAAAGCCUGCAGUACUCCAUCACAGACACUGUGUAUGUGGACAACAGUGACUCUGAUAAACUGAUCUGCUAUUAG